AUGUCAGAUUCGUCCGAUGCGUCUGAAGUGGAUGAGUCUUGGAAGGUUAAUCUUGAGAUCGCAUUGUUGGAGGAUGCUGACAUUUUUCGAAUCCGUGAUAUUUGUGCCAUGCGUCCCGUCCCUGACAAUCUGCGUCCUGACGUUUGGCGCAUAUGUCUUAGGCUGGAUACUCAAUCACAAACAUUGGCUACGUCUAACGAUGAUUUUGAAUUGGAGAACCAGUCACAACUCCGCAAAGAUUGUGAAUUAGCUUCCGAGGAAUUAUAUCAUCGGCUAACGAAAGAGCAUUGUCUUAAACAGUCAAAAAAUCUGUCUAAUCUAUCAAUAGACAGUGAAAAUGAUGACUCAGAUAUAGAAUCGUCAUCCCUAAAUACAUUCCUUCCACCAGCUACAAAGAUAUCCAGUGAUUUGGAAUUCGUUUUAACACAUUUCGCCCAUGCGUAUUGUUUGAAGUAUAAUUCAAACAACGGUUGGGUAUCGAUACUUAAAGUAUUAUUCAGUGUCCUUAAACCUAACAACCGGUCAGAACUGUAUGCGAGUUUUGUUUCUUUUUACCAUCGUUUUGUUGCCACAGGAGUAAAUAUUGAUCAGUGUGUAAGCAUAGUUUUCCGUUUGUUAUUACAAUAUCAUGAACCAAAGUUAUGCAGUUUUUUGGAUUCAUUAAAAAUUAGUCCUGACAUUUACUUCAUACCCUGGAUAUCAAGUCUUUUCGCGGAUUUUAUAUCAGAAGAUGUAAUACCAUCGCUAUGGGAUGUGUACUUCUUAAAAUCAGAUCCUUUGUUUGGUUUUUUUAUUGGUCUACUACUUAUCAUAAAUGCAAAGUCCGCCCUACUUGACCAACAGUUAGACAAAAUUAAGGAUAAUGAAAAUGAUUCAAAUACAAAAAAUUCAUUGUUGUCUGCUAGUAAUCAAACUGUUGUCGAAAAGGUUAGGAAUUUAAUAAUUAAUCUUCCUAAACCGAUGUGUGUUGGUGAUUUGACAAGCUUAGUUGAUAUUAUAGAGGUUUUCAUCAACAAUACACCUAUUUCUUUUCGAUCUCGAUACCUUCCUAUACUUUUUGGUAACGCCGAACUUGAAUCAGAGCGUUCGGUUUUAUCCGAUGCCUUAUGCAUGCCAAUCGCUAUUCAAGAAGUCCUAGAUGCCCAAUCAAUGUGCCUACAAGAUUAUGGUCUAAGUAAUUCCUCCAUUACAAUAUCAGACGAUCCAUCUCACCCGACAUCCGAUCUUCGUUAUCUUCUUGUGGAUUGUCGUCCUGCCGAUCAAUAUAAUGCCGGGCACUUGCCAACUGCUUUUUUCUUGGACUCAUCUUUGAUUAUGUCCGAACCUCAAAAAUUUCAAAAUGCCAUCAAGUUUUUAUUAUCAACUCAAGAACGAUCACUUGCUGCUGGUUCGUAUGCUGUUGGGAAGCACAUCACAUUUUUAAGCACCGGAAGAAAGGAAGAAGAUCAGUUAGCUAAUAUGGUUGUAGCUGAGUUUCUCCGGCAAAACACACCAUAUAUCAGUUUGAUUGAAGGUGGAUAUGCGGCUUUGCACGAUGUCUUAGGUGCUUAUGAAGUUGGAAGAAGUUUAAUUGGUCACGAACCUACAAUAUGUUUAGGAUGUAUCGGCGCAAAAAGUUUCAUUUCUCCAUUGAUUCCUCCCGACAGUAAAAUGGAGCCAUCAUGUCUAAUAAAUGAAAAAGCGAGAGUACAAUCAGUUAAUACUGUGAGUGUUGGUUUAUUCUCAAAAUUGUCGAGUGCUGUUUUUAACACUGGCCGCAGUUUGGACCAAGUACCAAAGCUUUUGAAACUUUCAGGUGCAAGUUCAAUCCAAACAAAAACACCAAAAACUCCCAUAACCUCUACAUACCAGCCUGUUCAGAGUAAAGUAACAAAGAAACCUGUUGCCUACAGAAAUACAUCAUCUGUAUUCAGUAUUGACGAUGAAUUUGAUGAAGACGAUUUGUGUGAAGAUGAAACAGAGACUAUUACAAACAGUCCCAAUCACUCCACAAAAGAAACAAGAAAUGAGACGUUAUCUGAACAGUCAACUUGGUUAGAACGUUUUGUUAAGGCGUCUACACAAGUUUCACCGGAUAUAGAUGGAGAUUCUCCCUCUCGAACUGAUGGUAUGGAUAGUUGCGAAGUCGGGGAUUUAAUUGAUACUUCCCGGUGGUCUAGACGACCUGAAGUAAGAGGUGUAUUUUCUACUCGGUUUUUGAAGCCUAAUGGUCAGUUAGGCGAUAGUGGUUUACUUGUUUUAGCAGAACGUCAUUUGAUUUUAUUACGCUAUCCUACUCCUCGACUUCCUAACCAACUCAUUAACUCUCUUAGUUCUACUUUGCAGUCUGUUUUUAGCAAAACAUAUUCGAGAUCAACUGAAUAUUCGACUGUUCAAAAACCAGCUACAAGUCUUCAAAAACAUGCCAUUGUAUAUCGAUCAAUUCCUUUAUCUAUGGUGGUAAAAAUUACCUCGAAUCGUCGUUUCCCGGAAUGUAUUACAUUUCACUACUGUCCACAUGAUGAAGGUGAUAUGUUAAAAUUAAACGAUCAAUCAUUACCUAGUAUGAAAGAUCGUUUGUAUAUUAAUAAGGCCGGCGAAGCAGUGAAAAUGGUAAAAACUGCCAUCUUUACUACUAUUGCUCCAUUGGAAAAUUAG